GGUUAAAAUUCAUUAUAAGCCUAUUAAUAAUAACGUUUACCUAUGGAUCAAAAUAUUCUAAUAAGUGAACCUAGAAUUUCCAAACGAGUUUAUAUAAUGCUGAUGUUGAAUAUAAUUGGAGUUAUUGGGACAUUGAUUUUCAUAAUUAUACUUAUCUUGUGGGCACUUGGUAUAAUUCUGGUGGAACCUGACACAUCGCCGGUGAUAAGGAAUUAUAUAGUUAACUUCAACAGUAAUCCGAAUGGAUCGUCCAUUAUAAAUCGUGCGGAUAUCAUCGAUAGGUUCUGGGACUUGGCGGAUAUUGAGCAAUACCCAUUCGAAGAUAUUACAAGUGGCGUUGGAAUGUAG